CAAUGCCGUCAUUGUUGUGGGCUGGGAGUAGAAGAUGGCAGCUUCCUAUUUUGCCUCGGGAUUAUCCUCUCCCUGCGGAUGUUGAACAGUUCGCUGUGGAUAUUCUCCUUACUUUCCGGAUCGCUUCAUUCAAUAACCUUACCCUUCUAGAUGUGUGCAUGUUGAGGUGUUAGACAUGGAGAAGAGCGGCAGUAUGGACAGUCUGGGAUCCAAGAGGUCCUCCUCCCGACAAGCCAGUGUGGAUUCACUUUCCAGCAGUACCUCGACCUCCCGCUCCGACCGCUCCGCCCAGACGAAGCCCCCCUCAGCCAUGUCCUCGGACUCGGUGAGCACCUCCGCGGAGCUCUCCCCGGAGCUCAAGGUCCGACCGAAAGCCCAGAUCAAGCAGAUACCCAACGAGUGUAAAGAAGAGCCACAGUUACUUCCAGGCGAAACUGUCGUAGAUGUCGCCAAAGAGGUGAUGUACAUCUGUCCGUUCCGGGGGCCUCUGCGAGGCACGGUGAACGUGACCAACUACCGGCUGUUCUUCAGGUGCAUGGACCAGGAGCCGGUGUUCGUGCUGGACCUGCCGCUUGGCGUGGUGAGCCGCGUGGAGAAGAUCGGCGGAGCGUCCAGUCGGGGAGACGUGUCCUACGGUCUGGUCUGCAAGGACAUGAGAAAUCUACGCUUCGCUCACAAACAGUCGGAGGACGCUCUGAAGAAGUCCAUCUUUGAAGUCCUUAUGAAAUACGCGUUCCCAGUUUCCAACGGGCUGCCAAUCUUUGCAUUUGAAUACGGUCAGGUGUUCCCGGAGAACGGAUGGAAGGUUUACGACGCUAUCGCUGAGUACAAGAGACAGGGCAUCCCCAACGAGAGCUGGCGUGUGACGAAGGCCAACGACCACUACGAGCUGUGUGACACCUACCCCUCCUCCCUGGCCGUGCCGGUCAACAUCCCCGACGAGGACAUCAGGAGGGUGGCCGCCUUCCGGGCCAAAGGUCGGAUCCCCGUGUUGUCGUGGAUCCACCCAGAGAGCCAGGCCACGGUGACCCGCUGCAGCCAGCCCAUGGUGGGGGUGAACGGGAAGAGGAGCAAGGAGGACGAGAAGUACCUGCAGGCCAUCAUGGACGCCAACGCCCAGUCGCACAAGCUGUUCAUCUUCGACGCCCGGCCCAGCGUCAACGCCGCUGCUAACAAGAUGAAGGGCGGGGGCUACGAGAGCGAGGACGCCUACCAGAACGCGGAGCUGGUCUUCCUGGACAUCCACAACAUCCACGUGAUGAGGGAGUCCCUCCGCAAGCUGAAGGAGGUGGUGUACCCCAACAUCGAGGAGCCCCAUUGGCUGUCCAACCUGGAGUCCACCCAUUGGCUGGAGCACAUCAAGCUGAUCAUGGCGGGGGCUCUGAGGAUCGCGGACAAGGUGGAGUCGGGGAAGACGUCGGUGGUGGUGCACUGCAGCGACGGCUGGGACCGCACCGCCCAGCUCACCUCCCUCUCCAUGCUGAUGCUGGACGGCUUCUACCGGACCACCCGCGGCUUCCAGGUGCUCCUAGAGAAGGAGUGGCUCAGCUUCGGACACCGCUUCCAGCUGAGGAUCGGCCACGGCGACAAGAACCACACGGACGCAGACCGCUCGCCCGUCUUCGUCCAAUUCAUCGACUGCGUCUGGCAGAUGACCCGCCAGUUCCCAGCAGCGUUUGAGUUCAACGAGAACUUCCUGGUCACCAUGUUGGAUCACCUCUACAGCGGGCUGUUCGGGACCUUCUUGUGCAACAGCGAGCAGCAGAGGGUGAAGGAGGAGCUCCCCAAGAGGAGCAUGUCCCUGUGGUCGUUCAUCAACAGCCAGCUGGAGGACUUCAGCAACCCGCUCUACGUCAACUACUCCAACCACGUCCUGUUCCCCGUGGUCAGCCUGCGCCACCUGGAGCUCUGGGUGGGGUACUACGUCCGCUGGAACCCCCGCAUGAGGCCACAGGAGCCGGUGCACCAGCGCUACAAGGAGCUGCUGGCCCGGCGGGCGGAGCUCCAGCGGCGGGUGGAGGAGCUGCAGAGGGAGGUGACCAACCGCUCCGCCUCCUCCUCCUCCGAGAGGGCGGGGUCCCCCACCCGCUCCAUCACCCCCGUCCAGACCUUCGUCUGACUCCCCUCCCAACCCGCUCCAUCACCCCCGUCCAGAC